AUGAACAAGAUGUCGUGGCUUCUUUACCUAGGAUUUGCAGCCGACGUUAUCGCAGAUGUUUUAAUUGCUGUCUCGCUCUGUACAAUUCUGCUUCGCAGCAAAACUGGCAUCAAAAGUACAGACUCGAAAGUGUCAUUUAUCAUGGCAUUUACGGUUAAUACUGGUCUGCUCACAAGCAUUUGCGCCCUGGCAUGCCUAAUCACGUACGCGAUCUGGCCUCAACGUUUCAUUUUCCUCGGUAUCUACUUUGCCCAGAGCAAACUUUAUGUCAACGCCUUGUUGGGAUCUUUGAACGCACGAGGCAACAUAGGACAGUCACAAGCCGGAACUACAAUGAUCGUCCCAGGGACAUCCCUUGGAACCAGGUCCAUUGCUUUCAAUGAUCUAGAUCUGAUAGAAAUUGGCACGACAGUUGAGAGGAAAACAUUCAGCGAUGGGAGAGACCUCUCACAUCAUGAUUCCUCCGCCGGAUCAGAAACAAACCACUAG